AUGCGCGCAAACACCCUCUUCAAUGUCAUCCAGGCCACCUUACUGUUCGCUUCAACUCUUGCAGCACCCAUACACAACCAGCUCCUCGGCAACUUGCUUUCGUCUGCAGAAAGCAAUGGCCUGGCAUCCGAAGAAUCUCUCUGGUGCCACAAACUCGGCCGCAAGACCGACCGCGCGGACCUUAUCACCGCAGUCAAUGUAUUCUGCUCCACCCACAACGGCGCGCAGGCCGACAUAGAUCACCCGUUGGAGUUUACGAUGGAAAUUCCGAAACACAAACUUGCGGUGGAUCUGAUGGUAAAGGUUCAUACCGACAACGUGGUUGUAGGGAUCCUUGGCCCAGAUUGCGGGAAGUUGUUCCGCCGUGUUAUUGAUGGGUGUAAUACGGGUGGUGAGAAUGGGAAACUGGGCGGCAGCUUCUUCACACAGGGUGUUGAGUUCUGGGUCAACCCGAGGCUUUAG